AUGGCGACAGCAGCAAAUCCGCCGCCCGGAGCGGUGCCGACCAAUGGCCAAGCAGAUCCAUUCACCAACUCGCCUUCCCUUUCACAACCUGGAGCAAUGCGGUUUGCGCCAUUUGAUAAUGAGCAGUUCUCGGUCUACUCCACAAGCUCGCCCGCGUCCGCCAAACAAGCGCUCGAAGCUCAUCUCAAGGCGACCGACGCGCGUAUUCAAGAUGCAUCAAGAUUGGGUCAGACUUUGGUACAACAACGCAGAGAUUUGGCGUCAAAGUUGAAGGAGGUGGAGCAGAUACAACAGGAUGAUCAGGUACCGGAGGAUCUGCGAGGCAAGCUGACCGAGCUGGAGCGCGAGUACAAUGAAAUUGGGCGCGAAUCUGCGCGAGCAUUUCUCCCCCGUUCGAGAAUGGUCAGCGAGAACAAUCCCGACACGAAUCCAGGCGCAUCGGUCAUAUCUGGUUCCGGCCGCGAGUCACCCACAAAGAUGACUGCUCCAUCCAGACGUCAGCGUAACCAGCCCAGCAAUCGUGUACAUGAUAUUGAAUUUGCAACCGAGAUUAGUACCUCCUUGCUCGCUCAAGUCAGACAGUUGCAGGCUGCGCUAGCAGAGAAGGACGAAACGCUCAGGGAGACAGUAUCCGCCAGAGCACAACUGGAGUCGGAAGUCACUGGCCUGGUCCAGCGAAUCAGACAUAUGGACGAGAGCGAGCAGAAGUACAAGGACGAAAAUUGGAAUCUGGAGACAAGGCUACAAGAUACGGAGGGCACGCUGAAGGAGACCAUGGACAAGGAGAACCGACUCGCACAAGCGAUCAAGGCGAUGCAGUCCGAGAAGGCGGCCACUGAGCGAGAAUUGGAUGACCUACGAGUGUCUCACGAUAAGCUCAGCGAGGACCAUGCAAUGGCGAAAAAGGUGCAAGAAUCUGAUUUACACGGUCUGCGUCGAGAUCUCAAUUCGUUCGAGACCGACAAAGAGAGGAUGCAACGAAAGAUUGCAGAAUUGACAUCGCAGAAUACCGAGCUCGCAAAGGCUGUAUCGUAUCGCAUGGGUCCCGGCGUACAGCAAUCCGACACGGACUUUGUCUCUGCGGAAGAGAACACAAGGUCUGACGAAGACGUCUACCCCAGCGAGCCCACUUCACCCAUCAAGGGGACUCCAGCGCGUCAUGGCAUGCUCGAAUCUGAGACACUGAAGUCCAGUCUCAAUCACGCGCAUCGCAUGAUCCAGAACUUGAAGAACAACAUACACCGCGAGAAGACCGAGAAAAUUGAGCUCAAGCGCAUGCUGCAGGAUGCUCGCGACGACUUGGAGAACAGGCGUGAUUCCACAGGCGCUGCGAACAUCGCAAAGAGGCGCAAGAACGAGGCUGAAGGUGUCAAAUUGAAGAAGUCUGGCAACCUUGGCCGUCUUGGCGCUGCUCGAUCAAGCACGACAGAGAUCAUGGGCGAUGAGCCGGAUUGGGACGAUUACGAAGGGGAGAACACUCCAAGCAAAACCAGGUCUGGUGGGCUUCUGGCCGGCGGCGCGAUGGCUGGUGCGACUGGUGCAGCUUUCUUGAGCCGGUCCGAUGCCGACACAUCGGAUGCUUUCGAGACGGCGAACGAACGCGAGACGACGACCGAAAGCGAAGCCUUCGCGACCGGCAAUGAAGAUUUCGGUGACGAUACAGAAGGCGAACUGACAGAAACCGAAGAUGCAUCUCGUGGGAUGAUGCGUCCCGUCGGCACGCUUUCAUCCAAGCCAGGCGACAGAGCUUCCUACAUGUCAACUGCUUCAGCUUCUGGUGACGACGAUACCGAGAUCAUUCACACGCCCGUGCAAGCCCAGCAUGCCAAGUACAAGAUCCGAAACCUGCGAGGUGUCAGGAGAUCCGGACGUGUCAGUGACAUCGCCGUAGAUUCGCCAGGUAACAACAGUCCCUCAUCAACUUUCGAUACUCCCCCGCCACAGGGCAUGCAAAGUCUGGGCGACGAACUGGAUGCUCUGGACGAGGACAGUCUCGAAGGUACUCCGGCGUCAAUACGCUCGACCGAUGACGACCUGGCUCAAUCGACUCCUGGUACUUCGAGGCAUUACAGCGUCGACCCAGAUACCCCUUCAAGAGCAGCCGACGGACUUGAUAACGAGCAGGUCGAUCUGCCAUCGCAACGUGAGCUCAAUGUUGCCAGGCCUGCAAUGGUCGACUCUGGCAUGAUGACCGAUCCAUGGGAGCCUGAGUCGAAGCCAGUUUUCGCAGCAGCAGCCGAAGUACAACCUGAGCCGCAGUCAGUCAGGGAUCGUGCUGUCGACAUGGUUGGUGGUGCACUGGCUGGCUUUGGCGUCAGUCGUGUCAUUGGCAGUGGUAAGGAGAAUCCAGAAGAGAUUCACCCUGGCGCUGCCAGAGACGUCACCAGCGGAACGGGCGAACAUAAGACGAUCCGCCCAGCUCUGUCCAUGUCAAGCAUCGAUUCGCAGGACUAUGAGCCGGCGGUUGGUGAAGACACUCCUCGAGCCGGGAAGAACGCCCCUCGAGCCGACGUCUCCCAUUCAGGCUUCCAGACGAGAGAUUUCCCGUAUGCUCAAUCCGGGUUCCAGACCAGAGAGUUUCCAUAUGCCCAGUCCGGCUUCCAGACAAGAGAUUUUCCAUAUGCCCAAUCCGGCUUCCAGACCAGAGAUUUCCCUUACGCCCACACUGGAACAGCAGCCGAAAGCAUCGAAGCCGACGGGACCAAAGGCUUUUCACCCGGCGCCAUCGGAACAGCGACUCAAGUUCACAGAGCCAGUGUAUCUGACUCCAGUUUCCAAACCAGGGACUUCCCGUACGCUUCUAUUGGUACAGUACCUAAUGAAGCCAAUGUCACUCAUUUCGGCUCCCAAACUAAAGACUUUCCAUACAUUCAUACUGGAUCAGAUGGGAUCACGAAUGCGAAUGUCACUCAUCUUGGCUCCCAAACUAAAGACUUCCCAUACAUUCAUACUGGAUCAGAUGGGAUCAUGAAUGCGAACGUCGUCCACUUCGGCUCCCAGACUAAAGACUUUCCCUACACUCAUACUGGAUCAGAUGGCUUCGAUCAUGAGGAAGCUACGGGUGUCAUCCCUGGGACCCAAGUUGCACCUCCUGGUGUCGGCUUCUUCGGCAUGACUGGUCCAGCUCAUGGUCUGAGAUCUAGGCGGAGCUCAGAGGCCAUGCCGGCAUCCGAGCGCAACAUGUCCAUUGCGACACCUGAGCCUCCCAUUCUAUCUCGUGCUGCUGUGCUCGAACAGGGUUCUCAGACGAAUGUGUCCGGCCAAGACAUCGACAGCAUGAUUAAGAACAAGAAAGCUGUCGUGGUACGACCGUCUACAAGAGACUUUGGAGUCUCGCCACUGAGAGUUUGGAAAGCUCCGCCUACCGCAGUCGUUCCAACCAUUCCAGAAUCUCCCACCAAGACUCGCUUCAGCGAACACGGCCGGACCAUGUAUGAGGCUCCUACCCUUGCGACGCCCGCGCGUCCCACUAGUGCUGGCAGUACUCGUGAAAGAGUGCUGGUCGGAGCUCCUCCUCUUCCGCCAGACCACAACCAGAAGAUCGCGGCAGCCUCUCAACAGGCUCCCGGCACGCCUGUUCCAGGUCCUUCAUUCGGCGCUAUGGGUCCCCCUACUAUGCCUGCAUCUGCGUUCAAGCGACCAAAGACGCCCGCAUCUCGCGACGGUACAACACCACGACCUGCAGGUAUGAAGUCGUUCAGGCCACCACAGUCGCCGUCAGGCACAAGCCGCAUGUCGCGUAGGACAUCUGUGUCAUCGUUCGCCUCUGAGCUGGAUGAACGCUUCAACAUUACUCGCGGCCACAUCUUGUACCCGAACGAUGUCGAACCUUCCACCGACCCGAGAAUGAUUCAAGCCAUCACGCAGACGAUGAUUGGAGAGUACCUCUGGAAGUACACCCGUAAAGCAGGCCGCAGCGAAGCAUCUACAACACGCCACAGGAGAUUCUUCUGGAUUCACCCGUACACCAGGACCCUCUACUGGAGCGAACAAGACCCCAGCACAGCCGGUAAGAACAUGCUCAAAGCCAAGAGCGUCGCCAUCGACGCCGUUCGCGUGAUCACAGACGACAACGCAUAUCCACCCGGCCUGCACCGCAAGACCAUCGUGGUCAUCACUCCUGGUCGUGAAAUACUCUUCACAGCACCAACAGGUCAACGCCACGAGACGUGGUUCAACUCAUUGUCUUACCUUCUCCUCCGCACAGAAGGCCAGCAAAACCAGAAUGUCGACGGCAUGACUCAAGAUGACCUAGAGGAGUUCAACCCUCCCGCUGGCAGGUCGCUUCGACAAAGCAUCUCUCGUGUCACGGGUCGUAGCCAGUCCCGUCAGUCUCGCACCAGUCUAAGCAGCUACAACAGCCGCACGACCCGCGGCGCCAGUCCCGUGAAACGCGGCGAGGUCGCCAACUCUCUCAAUCAACGAGCAGGCGCGACGUCUCAGCAAUCGUCCCGCCUCGGCGACACGAUUCCUUCGCUGCACCCGACAAGCGCCGAACAGAGAGGUACGGUGCACGGCAGCUCAAGAGGUCGCUUCAGCUCCGUUGCGAGUCGAUUCGGACGAUCCUCGAGUCGCACGCCUGCGGAUCCGGCGGCGAUAUAUGAUGCGAGUGUCGCUGCGGAUAGUGCGGAGGAUUUGAGGGCUGUGAUUGAACGGCAGGAGAGGGAGGCGGAUCGGUUGGAGAAUGUGAGGGCUUGUUGUGAUGGAAAACAUGACGUCGGAUCGUUGUCGAGGAGUGGAAAGCAUGGGAGGCAUUCGCAUUCGCAUAAGUAA